AUGCUGCGCUGGUCGGCCGAUCGUCUCCGCCGAAGUGUCCUGUAUGUACCAGGCAUCAAUGAGCGUGCGUUGGACAAACUGCACGGCCUCCAUUGCGACGCCGCGAUUCUUGACUUGGAAGACGCCGUCUCCCCGUUCAAGAAGAACGAAGCUCGCGAAUUGGCAUGCGAGGCGGCGCGCAAAGGAUUUGGGGCGCACAAAGAAAUUGCCAUUCGCAUCAACUCGCUGUCGACUACGUGGGGCCGUGACGAUCUUGCCCACGUCGUGUCCUCUGGAGCGCAUGCGGUCGUGAUCCCUAAGGUCGACUCUCCCAACACGCUGCUCGAAGUUGCGUCCAUCAUGGACUCGUUAAAUGCCCCGCGGGACAUGUCGAUCUGGGCCAUGAUCGAAACCCCAAUCGGAAUCCUCAACCUCUCGACCAUCCUCGCCACGCCCCACCCCCGGCUGUCGUGCCUCGUCGCCGGCACGUCCGACUUAAGCAAGGAACUCCGAUGCGUGACGACGCCAUGUCGGCAUGCCCUCGUGCCGAGCCUUGCGUGGAUCGUUCUGGCUGCGCGGGCGCACGGCCUCACGUCGCUCGAUGGGGUGCACCUGGACUUGGCGAACGACGCAGACUUCGCCCAGCAAUUGAAUCAAGGGAAAGAGCUCGGUUUCGACGGCAAGACGCUAAUCCAUCCCAAGGUGCUCAUUGACUGCCUUCACGAUUUUAGCGUGAACUUGAACGACGCUGCAUUCACAAUUCAUGCGGGGGGGGCAUUUAGACCAUCGCGGCAACGAAUGCAGUGUUUUCUCCGUCGCAGAACGAGCUGGACGAUGCGCAAGCGAUAAUUGCUGCGUACGACGAAGCUGUGGCCAACGGAAGCGGUGUGGCGCUGUACCAAGGCAAACUCAUCGAAAAUUUGCACGUCGACCACGCCCGCAGCGUGCUGGCAAAGGCCGCGCGAAUCGUCGACGCGAUGCCAUUGUGAUGCCAAGCCUCUCUUCCGUGGGUAAACCAGCCAUGCCAAGCUUAUGAUGGCGUCGCGGGCGACGACUGAGAUGCCAGUUGUGUGUGUGGAGUAAAACAGGUGAAGUAUCAUUACAUAUCGUACAGCAGAUUAUGCACUGUCGAAAGGCCGAGCUCGCCAUCGACAGCAAUGUCGCGCAAGUGGGAUGGAGCGAUGUCAUCGUCGUUGUGCAGCUGCUGUUGCUUGCUACCCCGCCACGACACGGACGUCGACCGCAGUGGGUUCAUCGCCAACGUCUUGACCUGCCACGAGGAUGGAGAUGCAAUGGGCGGAAGGGAUACCAUGUGAUGUUGCCAGGGAGACGAGCGAACGGGGUAGUCUUGGUGAGGCGACGAGGACAGUCCUGUCAGUGACGACGCCACCUCUCCAUCCUUGGACGACUCGUGCACGGGUGUGGUCGGUGGUGGCACAUCGAGCGCCGCCUCUGCCGCGCUGCGCUUCCGCCGGUUGCACGGCGGAGAUGGAGUUGACUGUACCACGUCGUCGUCAUCGAGGGAGUCAUGAGUGAACGGCAGCAGCGAGUGCAAGCGCAAGCUCGACGUGUGCAUUUCGUCAGCGGUGCUGGUGGCGUGGCUGUCGUCAGCGGACCGCAGUGUUGGCGGCAUGGCGUGGAGCGACGGGGAGGAAAACUCUAGCGGUGGUGCAUUCAACAUUGUCAUGAGCUCCUGGUCCAGGGUCGCCGGCGAUGACGUCGGUGUCGGUAGCUCCAUCUGACUGUAGAUCGAUUCGAGGUACUCUACGAUGAGCCACUUCUUUUCCCUCAUCGCGACUUCAAGCGGCGUCAAGUCGUUGGCAUCAACGAGGUCCACGCGAACGUUCAAGUCGACCAGUCGCUGGAGAAAAUCGAGGUGGCCGCCGAACGCUGCCUGAUGCGCAAUGCUCACACCUCGCAAGCUACACUUGUUGAGGUCGGCCCCCAGGGCAUGGAGGACCUCUAGCACCUUGAUGUGUCCAUUUCGAGCUGCCUGGUGGGCCGCCGUGUGUCCAUUCGAGUCUGUCUCGUUGAUGUCGGCACCAUUCAUGAUCAAGGACGCGACGAGAUCGUGGCGUCCUUUCCGCGCCGCGCGCUGCAGCAGUUGCAAUUCCUCAAUGGACGAAGUGUCUGCGGUUGUAGCCGACGACAGCCCUCGGCGGUGGCGACGGCCGGCAUGGCCACUCGGCAGCAUGCUCCACACUCGGUCGCAAGCAGCUCUGUAAGAUCUUGGACUCGACGACUCCUUG